CAGAGCUCUAGAGAAUGUGAAAGCCCCAGCCUCCUGCCAUCCAACCGUGAGUUCAGGCAAAGAGCAUGGAGAAUAUCCUGAGGUCAUUCACACAAUUAAAAACUGUUCUACCUGGUUCUGGGAGCUAUGUGUGCUCCCAACUUUCAGUUGUGUGGAUGCAAGUAUACAGCCAAAGAACUACCAGCAUGUCCUGGCUUUCCUGUUUGCCCUGAAGGAGGUCAAUGAAAAUCCCAAGGUCUUACCAAAUGUCAGCCUGGGAUUCCACAUCUAUGACAGCUACUCUAAUGCAAAAAUGACUUAUCAGAACACCCUGAACCUUCUCUUCAACUUGAAGAGGAUUGUCCCCAACUACAGUUGUGACAUCCAGAAGAAUCUGUUAGCUGUCAUAGGGAAUCUUGAUUCUGAAACUUCCCUCCACAUGGCCAAUAUCUUAAGCAACUACAAGAUUCCGCAGGUCACCUACUGCUUCUUUGCUCCAGUGAUGAAUGCUAACAUCCAAUUCCCUUCCAUCUACCAGAUGGUCCCCAAGGAACGCUAUCAGUAUACUGGCAUUAUUCAGUUACUUCUGUAUUUCCAAUGGACAUGGAUUGGGAUGAUCGCACUAGAUGAUGAUAAAGGUGAAAAGUUUCUGAAAAUCUUGAUGCCACUCCUUUCUGAGAAUGGCAUCUGUUCUGCCUUCACUGAUAAGUUACCAGUCUUUACUUCCACUGAAGACACAAUUAACAUUUUCUUCUCAUUUUCAAGAGAGAACAUGGGACUUUUUGGAACCAAGACCAAAGUAUAUGUCAUAAAUGCAGAUGCUCCUACCGUAUUAUGUUUGAAAUGGUUUCUCUAUCAGACAGAAUUAGAAAAUAUUGCUGAUUCAGUGAUGGGUAAAGUGUGGAUUAUGACAGCACAGUGGGAAUUCUCAUCAAACAUGUUUUCUAGGAAUUUGAAUAUUGACUUCUUCCAUGGUGCUUUGUCCUUCACUGUAAACUCGAAUGAGGUGUUUGGUUUCCAAGAUUUCCUUCAUAUUAUAAGUUCUCACUGGCCAAAAGAAGAUGGUUUUGUUAGGGUCUUCCUUGAACAGGCAUUCAACUGUAUACUUCCAGAUCCUAAACAGGAUGAGGAGAAAACAGGCAGAUGUACUGGGGAGGAGAAAUUGGAGAACCUUCCUGGGACAUUUUUUGAAAUGAGCAUGACUUCCCAAAGCUACAGUAUAUACAAUGCAGUCCAUGCCAUAGCACAAGCCAUGAACUCAAUGAAAAAGAAACACAGGACAAUGCUGGGGGAUGGAGACAGCUUGGAACCCCCAAAUUUGCAAGCUUGGCAGGCUGUACCACUCUCUUUGUGUAACGACAACUGCCAUCCAGGUUACCGCAAACAGAAGAAGGAGGGGGAGCCAUUUUGUUGCUAUGACUGUGUUCCAUGUCCAGAAGGGAAGAUUUCUGACCAUAGCGAUAUGGAUGACUGUCAUGAAUGCCCAGAAGAUCAAUAUCCAAACAAAGACAAAAACCAAUGCCUUCUGAAGGUUCUGAAUUUCCUGUCUUAUCAUGAACCUUUGGGGAUUACUUUAGUUUCACUGGCACUGUGUUUCUCUCUGAUCACAGCUGUGGUGCUUGGAAUCUUCAUUAAACACCGGCAUACUCCCAUUAUCAAAGCCAACAAUCGGGAUCUCACAUACACCCUCCUCAUCUCCCUCCUGCUCUGCUUCCUCUGUUCUUUGCUAUUCAUUGGCCAGCCACAGACAGUGACCUGCCAUCUACGUCAAACAGCUUUUGGCGUCAUCUUCUCAGUAGCUGUCUCUUCUGUGUUAGCCAAAACUAUCACUGUGGUUCUGGCUUUCAUGGCCACUAAGCCAGGAGCCCGGAUAAGGAAAUGGGUGGGGAAAGGACUGGCAAACUCAGUUGUUCUUUCCUGUUCUAUAAUUCAAGCAGGGAUUUGUGUUCUGUGGCUCUGUAUUUCUCCUCCAUUCCGAGAUGUGGACAUGUACUCUCUGGCUGGAGAAAUUGUAGUGGAAUGUAAUGAAGGAUCUGUUGCUAUGUUUUAUUGUGUUUUGGGAUACAUGGGAUUUAUAGCUCUGGUCACUCUCAUUGUGGCUUUCUUUGCUAGGAAAUUGCCCAAUACAUUUAAUGAAGCCAAAUUCAUCACGUUCAGCAUGUUGAUGUUUUCCAGCGUCUGGCUAUCCUUUGUACCAACUUAUCUGAGCACCAAGGGAAAAUCCAUGGUGGCUGUGGAGAUUUUCUCUAUCUUGGCCUCCAGUGCUGGAUUACUCGGUUGUAUCUUUACUCCAAAAUGGUAUAUAAUUGUUUUCAGGCCUGAACUGAACAGCAAAGACUGUCUGCUAAUAAGAAGCAAGUAAUCAUUCCACUUGCAUAUACUUGUAUGUAUUUGUCAUUUCUACAAUUGUAUGUUAAUGUGAAUCUGGAAGAAACAUUAAAAAGAUAUUUAAAAUAUUUUAUCCCA